AUGAUUCCACAAGGUCAUCCACCAAACAAAGCUGAUAGCCAAGGCAAAUUCGUAUCCAUCGAGAAUGGCAUCAUUCAUGUUUUUUCAAAGGCGCAUCUCAUGAAUCUGGAGCCACAUGACUAUCAGAUCGGUAUUCUGGAGACAACGCAUUCAGCAAACUUGAAGAUUAUCCUUCUCGGUGCGAAGAAAGAGAGGCAAACAAAAUGUCUCAGCGGAAGCCUCUUUGGCCUCCAGCAUUCCCUGUUGCAGAGAGGCCCUCUUUCUUCCAACCGCUGGUCAACUGAAUUCUGGGUAUCCGACUCGGUCGUUGUUGAUUCAAGAUCCAUUGAAGAGGCUAAAUCGGUACUCAAGGCCGUGCGCCCAGAGAGCCCUGAUGAGGCAACGUAUGUCUGUGUUGGCCUUCCAGUCACGAUCUUCGGGCCAUUAUUCAACACGCUGGUUUCGAAAUGGAACGCGAGUGCGGCUUCCUUCGAGUACUCCAACGGAUUCAUCUGGAUAUAUUUCACAGUGGACCCGACAAACUUUAAGAUUGACGCGGGCGAAUUUUCCAGUCCAGCCAAGCAAUCUAUUUCUUCCAUGCUGAAGCAAAUGAACGGUAAAUCCUGGUUUGUUAGGGCAAAGCUCAUGUUCAGACUCAAAAGGUCGAGCGGGGAGAAAGCGGUUAUCCUUGCCGAGCUCCUAGAAGUUUCUCACAUACAUGUCACCUCUUCUCAUAAGCCCAUCACUCACUCUUAG